AUGGAUGUGAUAGCGUCAGCAUUUUUAGAUGAUAACGGAGAAUACAAAGAAAUUGAGUGCGUUAGAGUGGAUGGCGCGACAGACGAAGGCCGUUCUCAUGCUGAAGUGCAAUUUAUCUGGUGCGAGCGCCAUGUAAACAGGAAAACAAAGGUAACACUUGUAACAACUCGGUGUAUCGGGGAUAGUUAUUUAAAUCGCGUCGAACUGCAAAAUGGAUGUUUAAGUCGUGGACACUCGAACACAUUCAUUCCGUCUACUUUACAUGGUGUGCCUUAUUCAGAAAAUGGGGAAUUUGAUAAGAAAUUACAUGGAAAGAACAUGUCUGCUGCCUUGGAUCAGUACAUUAGUCGAGUUGAUGGCACUCCAUGUAUGAAGACUGUAAUCCAUUUGGCAAGAGGUGCCGAAAACCAUGAUUUUGUGUCACGGAGAAGUAAGCUUAUGGUGUUUAUUAAAGGAAAUAAAACGGAAAAGCAAAAUUUGCAGAAGGAAGACCCUACAUUAUUUAAAUAUUUCUCGGAAAUUUGGAAAGUACGUGAUAAUCACAUGGAUAAAAGCUUGCCUGAAAAAUAUGUUUUUAUGCUGAGGUGUUGUGGUAAAUCCACGUUUAAUCCCACAUCCACGGUGUCAGGAAGGUACAGUGCGAUUGAAAAUUAAUACAGGCAAUUUCAGGAAUUUUACUUGAGUCAUAGCGAAUCUUUAUCUUUCGUUCUCUAUAGAAUCCCGAAGACAAAAUCCUGUAGUGGGUACGUCAUUUGCAGGCAGUUUUUGUUUCUGUGGUUUCUCUGAAGGGAAUAAAAGGUAAAUUUUCCUCUGUUUUACCAUGUUAGAAUCACAGGAUUGCCAUCCCUUUAACUAUUUAUUCAGCUGAUGAGAUUUGGGGUCCACCAGCUUUUUUCCUAGUCGUCCCAAAAACACUGCUAUCACGUUUCCUAGUCCAUUCAUUUUUAACAUUUAUUAUUGUAUUAUUUUUUAUUAUUAAUGUUUAAUAAAACAUCAUGCAUUGCAUAAAAUGCACUGCAUAAAAUGCACUUUUUAACUUGAUUUUUAGCUUUAUGAUUUGCUGUGAUCAGUGUGGUCAGUGGUAUCAUGGAAAAUGCAUAAAUGUCACAGAAGUGGAAGCAGAAACCAUUGAAACUUACGUCUUCAAUUCCUGCAAAGAACAUG